AUGCCAAUUCUGUUUCCAAGAAAGGACAAAUGUGUUGGAUCCAAACAAGAGUGUGAAACCGGAACUGAUACCACAAACACCUUGGCCAUUUGUUUGGCUGUUAUUAUUCCAGUAGUUGUUGUUGCUAUCAUCAUUGCCUUUUUCAUCUACAAGGCUUAUAGAAGAAACAAAAAGGAGGCCUUAGAGGAUGACGAUCCGGAUUUCAAUGUUGAUAAUAUCAUGUUGCCCGAAUACCACAACGCUACAAACCCACCAAUGAGGAGAUUACCAGCCGGUAUGAGAAGUUUAUCCCAGGCAAAUAUGUUGAGUUCCGAUUCUUUGGCAAUGAAUAAUCCAAACAAUCAGAACGGCGACAACAAGAACCCCUUUGCAGAUGGCCCUAGAGACUUGAACGCCUCAAAUAUGAAAUUGGGCUUGCACCAAACCACUUCUGACCUGGCUCUGCCAUUAGGUAACACAAAGGAAGACCUCGAUAGGUAUUCUAAAAAUUUGGGUUUGGAUUUCCAUGAAUUUAACUACCCUAUCAGGAAGAUGAAUAUGCCGCAUUCGGCGAAUUCAUCUCCUACCUCCUCGAGGCGUAACUCGGUCUCAUCAAGAACAAACAAUAGGUUUGCCUCAAAGGCGUCAUCUCCUCAAAAAUCCAAAUUAACUCAAAGAAUUUCGAUUGCUGACCUGCAAGAGCGAGAUGGUGAUCUUAAUAGUGAUGAGUCGGUGCACCCAGUUGGCCUGUCAAAAGAUGAGAGUUUCAAGAUACCUCCAUUACAUGUCGUAGGAUCGGAUUCUGAUGAAUCAGACUCGGAUAUACCUCCACAAUCACAUCCACAAUCGCAACCACAUGCUGACUUUGACAGGAACCCCGAUGAUAAUCUGCGUUUUGAUCAUGAGAAAGAACAACCAUAUAGUCAACUACAUCAUGAUCGUAGUAUGGAGAGCCAUAUCCAGCAUACCCAAGCUCCUAAUGGACAAACCUUUGAUGAAAGGAUCGAUGUACCAGAUUCGUCGAUCCAAAAGGAUGAGGCUCCGACAACAGAAUCGUCAUCCUCCCCCGUAUCUGAAGAUCGUAAUCUUAUGAGCAACUCAUCCCAUACCACAGUGGAUCUGCCACCCAAGCACCUGAAUAUUGAUUCCAGUGCUCAAAUAUCAAACUCUGAUGAAUUGGAUGCUGAUAUACCAUUGUCUCCAGAGGAAGAGGAACAACUUAAAAGGAUGAAAUCUGUCUAUCAAGUCUACUUCUCCCGUAAUGGCAGCAGAAGAGUUGCUCGUACAGAUACUGACAAUCAAGCCGAUUAUCAGAAUGAACAGUUGCCACUUGAUCAACUCAACCAAGAUUAUCAUCAACAUGGUGAAGUUGCAAAUUCGAAUCCAAACUCAAAUGCGCAUACAAAUGGCCACAUAAAUGAUAGUUACGGUGAUGGUAAUGACAAUGAUGACAUUGAUGUCAGGGUAAUUGUUGAUAAUACUGAUGGUGGUGCCUACCCUAUUGCGUCUGUUCAACCAAUUGAUGAAAAUAAUAGGUUGGCUAUUCCUGAACCUCAAGAACACGAUGAAUUCAGACAAAGUGUUUCUUCCAGUGUUUACCUACCAAUGAAUGAGAAUAACGGUUUGAGUGCAGGUCAGUUUGCUCAUCAACAACUAGGUUCAAUGAUUCCAAAUGGACAAAAUGCUUAUUCAUCAAACGUGUAUAAACCAGAUGAAUCAAAUUAUAGUCAAUAUCAACAUUAUCCUCAGCAAUAUGAUCAGUAUCCUCAAUACCAGCAACAGUAUCCUCAGCAAUAUCCUCAAAGCUAUCCUCAAGGCUAUCCUCAGCAAUAUCCUCAAGGCUAUCCACAAGGCUAUCCACAAGGUUACCCACAAGGUUAUCCUCAAGGUUAUCCAGCCGGUCAAAGAGCACAAAAUUAUUCAGGUAAGGGAAGGUUACCGAACCUUGAAAAAUUACCUUUACCUCAUCAACUGAAUAAACGUACUUCGACAUUAGAGUCCUUUACCACCUUUACGGCGGAAUCACACAAAAAUACAAAUACUAUACCUGCUAUUCCAGUGAAUCAGAGGUUCGAUCCAAUCGACCAUGUCAAUUGGAACGCCAAGGGUAAAAAUGUACAAGGUAUAACACCUUCACCUUCGCAAAUUCGUGAUUCGAUUGUGAUGUUUAACCCGGUGGGCUUAUCUACCAACAAAACUUUUGUGUCUAAAGGUACUGCAAAGGAACAAGUUCGUAACUUGAAUAAACAGUUGGAUUCUUCGGGCAACCCAAUUCCAACCAGCCCUUCGUUGAAUGGGCCUUUGUAUGGAUUCUAUGAUUAUGUUCCAGAGCGUCCACAUGGAGCUGAAAAUCUAAUUCCCAAAUUUCAGAAGAGUGGCUCUGAAAUGGAUUUAAGAAAACAAAUGGACAACGCCAACGUUUGA